AUGGUGCCAGUAGAGAAGCGAGGGGAGCCUUGGUUCGAGGACGGAAAUAUUAUUCUGAUCGCCCACACCGAAGAUAAUCAGGAUGGUGUGGCAUUCAAGGUCCAUCGCGGAAUUUUGUCCCGACAUUCUGAGAUAUUCCGGACGAUGUUCGAGAUUCCUCAAGGCUUCUCUGAUGCCGAGAUGCUGGAUGAUUGUCUGAUAGUCCGUAUGUAUGACCUGCCUAAUGAACUGUCCAAUCUCAUCACUGCGUUAUAUGACGGAGCGACAUUUCACCAUCGCAGCAUUGAGGACUUCUUCUUUCUCGCAGGUAUUCUUCGGUUGUCGACCAAAUAUUUUAUCAGCCAUCUGCGUACGCAGGCCAUCCGACAUCUAACGCGCACAUGGCCGUAUACCCUUCGUGGUCACGACGAGAUGGUUGCACUGGCGCUAUCAUCUCCGACCAUUAAUGAUACAUCCUAUCCCUACGUCCAUCCGCUUCACGUCCUCAAUCUGGCCCGUGAAGUCAACGUUCAGCUGGUCAUCCCCGCUGCCUUAUAUUUUCUUUCGAUCUAUGCUUUGGAGGACCUUCAAAAAGCCGAUCAUCCCAAGCUGCUAACUGAACACCCCUCCCGUCCCUCCUCACAUCUGUCUGAUCCAGAUGUCAAAUACUACACCCUAAUGUACCAGUACCGCAUGAAGAUGAUCCUAUCCUUCGCUCGUCACACCGUUGCUUCAUGGUCUGCUGGCCCUUCCUGUCAGGGGACGAAGAAGGAAUGCACCCGCUCUAUCACUAGGCUCGCGAGCUACAUCUACUCGUCUUUGACGCCGAGGACUGGCUUAUUCCACAAUAUGACACAGAUUAUCGAGGUGCUGGCCGACGACACGAACAUCUGCACAUUCUGUGAGCGGGCCUUCCGACGUGACGUCACAGAUCUUCGCGAGAAAUUCUGGACAGAGCUACCGGGUGUAGUCGGCUUGCCCGGUUGGGAUGAAUUGGAGGCGAUGGAUAUUAACGCUCAGCCCUCUUGA